ACAGUUCCAAAAGUCAAAACUGGACAAAAAGAGUGGGAGGGAGGUAGUAAUAAAUAACCUCACAAGGGCCUCUCUCAUCCCUUUUCACAUGCCGCCUGUGGGCAUUUCUUCUUUCGGUAAAAAGAAGAAGAAAUAAAAAGGAAGAAAAGAAUCGUCUACCUGAGUCCGAGUGGGUGAGGGAACUUGAAAGCCUUCCAAGUAUAAUCAGCCGAGAAAAGGGGAAAGCAUUUAAAGGGAACCAAAAAUGCCUCAAAGGUAUCCUCUUAGGAGCUCAUCUCAUCUUAGAGCUUCAAGUUCGGAUUCGGAGUCCCUGCGCAGUCGGCCUUUGACUGAUAGGAGUCCGAAAUUGCGGGGAGACCGUCGAUCUCCAAAGGGAUCUCAAUCUGAUCCAUCGACUCAGAAGAAACUCGGGUCGCGCAUUUCGGACUUGGAAAAUCAACUUGGGCUUGCUCAAGAGGAGCUCAAAUGUCUCAAGGAGCAGUUGGCCUCAACGGCUACUUCAAAGAAAAUGGCUCCGGAGAUACUUGAGAAGAACACAAGGAAACCAGCUGUUGUAAAGCCUGAAGAAGUUCCUGCCGUUGAAAAACAAAACCUGCCUGAAAAAAUGGUUUUAGAUCCUUGCCAGCAAGAAAAUGAUGUUUUUGAGGCUCAAAUGGAGAAAGUGGCAAUGGACCCAAAUGACGAUAUUGGUGGAGAAUACGAAGCGAAAACCAGAACCCCUAGUCCAUCAUUUGAACCACCAUUAACCCCUGAGCAGCAAAAACCAUCACUUGAGAAUGAUGGGGUAAGCUCAUUAAAGGCCAAACUGGAAGAGAAGGAAAAAGAACUCGCGAACUCUCACCUAGAAAAUGAGGGUCUCAAGCAAAAGCUAAACAAAAAGGAAAUUGAGGCAAUAUCAGCAAAAUCAAAGGAAGAGGAAACAGCUCUCCAAUUGAGCCAGGUAAGAGAAGAGCUGGAAACUGCUAAGGACAAUGCAGCCAUGCUGAAUGACAAGCUAGAGGCGAGCGAGAAGGCAAAGGAGAUGUUAGAAACUGAGAUGAAAAAACUGCACAUACAAACCGAGCAAUGGAGGAAAGCAGCAGACGCAGCCGCCACACUCCUUUCAGGCGACAUGGAGACCAAAGGGAGAGGGAUGUCUGAGAGGUACUGCCACAGCGUACUCCAACCGGUGGUUGGCGGAUACGGCAGUUAUGUGGUGUAUCCUGGCUUGUUUGAUGAAUCCGAGGAUGUUUCGGAGAGCGCAAGGAAGAAGGGUUCCGGCAUCAAAAUGUUUGGUGAUCUCUGGAAAAGAAAGAGCCAGAAACAAUGAGGGGUGUGGUUCUUGCUUGCCUGAUGAAUAAUUGAUACCCCACCCCAUAUUAACAUCUUGUUUUUCAAUCCAUGUCUCUGUACUAAGAGGAUUCUACCAAUCCAUUACUUUAGAUGUUUAAUUUUUUGGCCAACAGCCUUCUGGUUGCCCCCAUUCCCGUCCACUUCACUAUGUACUCCCUACUUUAAUUUAAUAAUGACUUCCAAUUAAA